AUGGCCAACUCCAAUCCAAAACUCAUUGCAACACAAACCAUCUUCUCUCUUUUCCUUUUAACUUUUCUGUUGUUGAUUACCAAUGUCAACUCAGAAUCAUUUUCUUUCAACUUGCCAGAGUUUAACAACCGUUCCAAAAACAUAGCCCUAGGCGGUGAUGCCAAAAUAGUUGGUGGAGUACUACAACUCACCAAAAAGGACCAACUUGGAAAACCAUCUCCACAUAGUUAUGGCCUCUCCGCAUUCUCUGAAGCUAUUCGUCUCUCCGACAAAACAAGUGGUAAAGUCGCUGACUUUACCACCGAGUUUUCUUUUGUUGUGGACCCGAAGGGUUCACAGCUUCAUGGCGACGGUUUCACGUUCUUUAUUGCAUCAGUUGGUUUUGAGUUUCCAGACAACUCAUCAUCAGAGGGUGGAUUCCUUGGACUUUUUGAUAAAGAAACCGCGUUCAAUAGCUCCAAGAACUCUAUUGUUGCCGUUGAGUUUGAUAGUUUUAGAAACGAAUGGGACCCUCCCUUAGAGAACUCAGCUCAUAUAGGAAUCGACAUCAACACGAUCGAGUCUUCGAUUGCUGGUCCAUGGCCAAUCAAUAGUCAGCCGGAAGGAUCCAUAGGAAAGGCGCGAAUCAGUUAUGAUACUGCCACGCAAGAACUGAGGGCAGCUGUGAGCUAUCCAAAUAGUCCUGUUGAAGUUGGUGUUGUUAUAUCUUAUCCGGUUGAUUUUGCGGCGGUUCUGUCGGAAUGGGUCCUUGUUGGUUUUUCUGGUGCUACCGGUGAACUUGCUGAAACACAUGACAUUCUCUCUUGGUCUUUUACUUCGAACUUGUAG